CCUCCCAGCGGCGCCAGCGAAACCUGCCUCCGAGUCGCCGAACUGGGGAACGGAACGUGACCCGACCCCUCCCCGCGUGGCCGGAACGGGGCGAGGAGCCGCGCUCCGGGCUCGGGCGGCCCCGGGAUGGGCGGGAGGGCGCGCGGCCCCGCCCGGCGCCCACCGCCCUGCCCUCGCCUGUCUCCUCCUUUCCCCCGGGCUCCGCUGAGUUCAUUCACUGGGAUUGGUUUCAAGUGACGCCAUCUCUUUAUUUUUAAACCAAUGACCUCAUCCGCGCUUGAAGUUUCCUGACCAGCGACUCUUUCUCUUUUCCCCCACCCCCCCACUCCACCCCCCCGCCUUUUCCCCUUUUUCUGUGUAUCACUGUUUGGGGGGGGGGCUUUGGUCAGUUUUUAAACGAUUAUUAUCACCCCUUCCUCCCCCUUUCACGUUCUCCACGCGGCCCCCCAUCUUCACCUCCCCAACUUUUUCACUCCUUUCAACAUUGUUUUUUCAAGGCUGACUGGGGGUGGGGGGAGUGAAGAAAAUUUGCAAACGUCUCCUUUCUUCCUAAGCCUCCCGCCCCCGCCCACCCCUCAGAGAAGGAGAAGAUAAUAUAGUGAAAAGAAGACGAGGAGAGCGCGACGGGACGGACGGAGCGGGAGCGCAGCCGCCCUCCCGGCUCCGCAGCGGCGCCUCGAAAGUCCGAGAGGCGAGGGGGGACCGAGGGGUGACGCCGUGACAACCUUCGCUUCCCCCACAGGGAGUCGGGAGGUCGGCGGCCCCAAAAAACAAGACAUGAGUUAUCCAUUUUGCAGCUGAGGAAACUAAGGCCUUAGGGAGAUUAAGUGAUUUAUCCGUAUCUCAGAGCCAGUAAGAAGUGGUGCUAGAACGGAUCCGAGACCUUCUGAUUCAUUUUCAGGCUUUUCAGUCCAGUGUCAAGCUGUUGCAGCGAGGGAGCAAAGGUAAAGAAUGAUGUAAUGCACUGGCUGCCCCAAAGCAUCUUUUGUUGUGGAAUGGUUAUUCCAGUCAUCUCUUUAUGAAUCAACUGUGAGGGGCUGCUUUGUGGAAGGAGUCCUUUGCAAGAGCACAUCAACGGGAAGAGAAAGAGACAUUCACUUGGAGGGCUCUUGCUGAAAAUGGGUUUAACUCUCCUUUUGCCAGUCACCACCAGCCUGACCUCAUACAUUUCUAGUACAAUGGAGUGGCUGAGCCUUUGAGCACACCACCAUUACAUCAUCGUGGCAAAUUAAAGAAGGAGGUGGGAAAAGAGGACUUAUUGUUGUCAUGGCCCAUGAGAUGAUUGGGACUCAAAUUGUUACUGAGAGGUUGGUGGCUCUGCUGGAAAGUGGAACGGAAAAAGUGCUGCUAAUUGAUAGCCGGCCAUUUGUGGAAUACAAUACAUCCCACAUUUUGGAAGCCAUUAAUAUCAACUGCUCCAAGCUUAUGAAGCGAAGGUUGCAACAGGACAAAGUGUUAAUUACAGAACUCAUCCAGCAUUCAGCUAAACAUAAGGUCGACAUUGAUUGCAGUCAGAAGGUUGUAGUUUACGAUCAAAGCUCCCAGGAUGUGGCCUCUCUGUCUUCAGACUGUUUUCUCACUGUACUUCUGGGUAAACUGGAGAAGAGCUUCAGCUCCGUUCACCUGCUUGCAGGUGGGUUUGCCGAGUUCUCCCGUUGUUUCCCUGGCCUCUGUGAAGGAAAAUCCACCCUGGUUCCUACAUGCAUUUCUCAGCCUUGCUUACCUGUUGCCAACAUUGGGCCAACGCGAAUUCUUCCCAAUCUUUAUCUUGGCUGCCAGCGAGAUGUCCUCAACAAGGAGCUGAUGCAACAGAAUGGGAUUGGUUACGUGUUAAACGCCAGCAAUACCUGCCCGAAGCCUGACUUCAUCCCCGAGUCUCACUUCCUGCGAGUGCCUGUGAAUGACAGCUUCUGUGAGAAAAUCUUGCCGUGGUUGGACAGAUCUGUUGAUUUCAUUGAAAAAGCAAAAGCCUCCAACGGAUGUGUCCUGGUGCACUGCUUGGCGGGGAUCUCUCGCUCUGCCACCAUCGCCAUUGCCUACAUCAUGAAGCGGAUGGACAUGUCCUUGGAUGAAGCUUACAGAUUUGUGAAAGAAAAGAGACCUACUAUAUCUCCAAACUUCAACUUUCUGGGCCAACUCCUGGACUACGAGAAGAAAAUUAAGAACCAGACUGGAGCAUCAGGGCCAAAGAGCAAACUCAAGCUGCUGCACCUGGAGAAGCCGCACGAACCUGUCCCUGCAGCCUCAGAGGGUGGACAGAGAAGCGAGAUGUCCCUCAGUCCACCCUGCGCCAACUCUGCUACCUCAGAGGCAGCAGGGCCAAGGCCUGUGCAUCCUGCCAGUGUGCCCAGUGCACAGCAAUCACUGUUAGAGGACAGCCCACUGGUACAGGCACUCAAUGGGCUCCACCUGUCCUCAGACAAGCUGGAAGACAGCAAUAAGCUCAAGCGUUCCUUCUCUCUGGAUAUCAAAUCAGUUUCGUACUCAGCCAGUAUGGCAGCAUCCUUGCAUGGUUUCUCCUCGUCGGAAGAUACUCUGGACUACUACAAACCUUCCACAACUCUGGAUGGGCCCAGCAAGCUAUGCCAGUUCUCUCCAGUUGAGGAAGUGUCGGAGCAGACUCCAGAAACCAGCCCAGAUAAGGAGGAAGCCAACAUCCCUAAGAAGCCGCAGACUACCAGACCUUCAGACAGCCAGAGCAAGCGAUUACAUUCAGUAAGAACCAGCAGUAGUGGUGCCACCCAAAGGUCCUUUUUGUCUCCCCUUCAUCGAAGUGGGAGUGUGGAGGACAACUACCAUACCAACUUCCUUUUUGGCCUUUCCACCAGCCAGCAGCACCUCGCAAAGUCUGCCGCUGGACUGGGCCUCAAGGGCUGGCACUCAGAUAUCUUGGCUCCCCAGACCUCUACCCCUUCCUUGACCAAUAGCUGGUAUUUUGCCACGGAGUCCUCUCACUUCUACUCCGCCUCAGCCAUCUACGGAGGCAAUGCCAGUUACUCUGCCUACAGCUGCAGCCAGCUGCCCACGUGCAGUGACCAAGUCUAUUCCGUGCGCAGGCGGCAGAAGCCGAGUGACAGAGCUGACUCGCGGCGGAGCUGGCAUGAAGAGAGCCCCUUUGAAAAGCAGUUUAAACGCAGAAGCUGCCAGAUGGAAUUUGGCGAGGGCAUCAUGUCAGACAACAGGUCGCGGGAAGAGCUGGGGAAAGUGGGCAGCCAGUCUAGCUUCUCAGGCAGCAUGGAAAUCAUUGAGGUCUCCUGAGAAGGAGGACACUUGGGACUUCAUUGACAGUUUUUUUCUUGUUCACACACACAAAAAAUUCCCUGUAAAUCUGAAAUAUAUAUAUGUACAUACAUAUAUAUUUUUGGAAAAUGGAGCUAUGGUGUAAAAGCAAAAGAUGGAUCAACGCAAUUGUUCUCAACAUCUGCAUUUGAGAGACCAGCUAAUAUUUCUCUCAAGGCAAGUGGAAGGGCAGAUGCUCGAGUUCCCGUAGACAGAUAAAACAGUUCCAUGCAGUGAAUUGCACAUCCUCUUGUUCUUACUAAGUCAAGUUUUAUUUGGUGUUGGAGGACAAAAUCCCCUCCUGUGUUCAUGUUGUGCUGCAGAAAUCUCCAGUACUAGUCUUUGUCCCUUCCUUCCAUAGUGCACCUUAGCGCUGAGACUGAGCCAGCUUGUGGGUCGGGUGGGUAGACCCUACUAGGGACAGAACCUAAUGGUAAAUCCAAGAGAAAUGAUCACAUCCAAAGCUGAUGCACAAAUCCAAGAUCACUGGACAGCUGAGUGAUUCGAGCAUCAUUCUCCUGUUCAGACCAUUAGGGGCCUUGCCAAGAUCUACUUUAGAGCAAACCCAGUACCUCAGACAGAAAGUCGGGGCUUUCACCACUACCACAUCCGGGAGCCCGUUUUCUCAGCAUUGUGAAUAGGUUGGUAGCUAGUCACACUUUUCAGACCAAUUCAAACUGUCUAUGCACAAAUUUCCAGUUGGGCCUGGAUGGAGGUGGUAUUUUCCUUCCUUCUCAGCUUUAUGAAGAAAAAGAAGGGAAACCAUCUAGGGCUCAAUUUAACAGCCAGGAAUCUAGCAGGUAAUGACUUAAGCUAAGGUUGGGAGGCUAAACAAGUCUGCCUCCCUCUUUAUAAAUCACAGAAUUCUUCAAAAUGGGAUUGGUAAUCCUUUAAAUGAAGAUUAACUUGCUUUAAAGCCAGAUGUGAGUUUAUCUGGAUUGUGAGCAGAGCAGCAGCACCUUCAAAUUCUCAGCCAGAGCAGAUGUUUUCCAUUUGCUUCAUUGCACAGAUACAUUUUUGUGAAAACAAUAAAGUAGACUUUUAAGGGUAGCUACCAAGAGGGAGAAAGAUUAAAGAAGUUUGUAAAAUUGCUGAGGAGAAGCAGGAAACUUAUUUCCCAAUGGUUAUUUUCCCCUUAGCAUGUGAUGAGGGUGAUACUUCUAUAAUUUCCUUAGACUUUUAGAUUUGCUAAAAUCAGGCUGAGAGAGGCUUUAGUGAGCAAGGAAUGUUCAAAACCAAACAUUAGGAAGGUGAGGAGAAGGUGGUUAAAUUUCGUUUCAUUGAGAAGAGUGGGAAGCCAGAGCCAAGCUCUUCUCAGAAAGUACACUCCAUUAUGUGUUCCGUGGAAGGGUCACACUAUACUGAGGGGGGGACCGUGGCAGUCUCUCAGUCCUUGACCUGCUAUCACUGCGGGGUCAGUCCUGGUGGCUAAAAGUAGGCGAUUAAAACAAGUACACAAGUGACAGUACAGAUCUGCUUUUCAAGUCCUGGCUUGGGUUUUGUCACCUACCGUAUGGUCCUCCUUUGAAGCCUUAAUUCACGUCAGCAGCAUUUUCUAUUGGGGGUGGGGUGUUACCAUUGUUCUUUACUGUAAGUGUAGCUAGUUGCUGACUCAUAUCUCAGGUUUUUCUAUGUUUGAGAAAUGGACAGUCUUUUGACAAGGAUGUGACUUAAUGUUUCCUAUGGUGACUGCUAAAACCAGCAUAGAAUGACAUGACUUGAUCAUAACAACGUGACCGGUGAUUGAUGCACAGGUAACGUGCUAUGUGAUAUGGGCUUAAAUUGAAGGCAGAAAGAGUGUAAACUGCACAGGGAGUACAUUGUUACCAUGUUGAAAAAGUUCUGUUAAGUCAUCUGAGUUAGUUUUUCUUCAUACUUUUAAAUUUUGGAUGUAACCAGACCUUCUCAAGGUUUCACACAGUAACUUUUGAUGCAUUAAGUGUACACACACAAAUGUGUAACAACUCACUGCUUUCAGAGUUUGGUCACAGCUGCUGAACAUUUUUAAGAAAUGAAAGCAAUAGCUCCAAUGUUAAGUAUGUUUCCGGAGGGAUAGGGGACUUGGUUUAGAUGGGAUAUCUGGGCAGAAAUUCGCCCUCCAUCAUUUGGCAUUUCUCUUGGCCAUGGCCCCCUUCCUUCUUGUGACUGUGAUGUAGUCAUACAUUACAACCUGUAGUCCUUGAUUGUUAAUGUCAAAUAAUCAGUUCUUGGAAUCAAGACUCCCAUGCUGAAGGGCAGCCUGCAAGGCGCACGCUGGAGCACGUGGGCGUCUGCAGGCAGCGGGGCGGCCGCCUCUCCUCAGCAUGCGAACCCAGGGGAAGCCCUGGAGUCUACUGGGAUGAUGCAGAAUGGUGAUUUUGAAGAGCAGAACUAGACUUCUGUGUGAGAAAUGCUGGGAAAUGGUUUAGGACAUUUGUAAAGUUAGGUGGAAAGACUGUAUAAAUGUUUAAUAUGAAUAUAGUGUUCUUUUGGAGUAAGGUAAGCUGUUGAAUGGUUAAAUUGUGCAUUUCUCAUGUUGAUGUGUCAUGUGUGUUCAUACGAUGAAAUAAAAUCAAAACUGGUACCUGUU